CGGCGCCUGGCGGCCAAUCACAGCGCCGCGCACGUGACGAGCGCUGCCUGCGAUGACCUCAUCCCUGGUGUGGGAUGACGUCAAAUUCAAGAUGGAUGGAAUCACAGCGGCAGCGGCGGCUGCGGCGCGCGCGAGCCGAGUGUGAGCGGAAAGGGGCCCGGCGUCUGCCUCGGGGCUGAAGACGGGGGGGCCGCACGUGUGGCGAGGGGGGAUCAAGGGAGUGACAUCACCGCUCUCGAAGGGUCAGGUCAGCGCCACCAGCUUUGAAAUCCGAGGAGCUUAGAUGAUGUCUGGAUAUCUGCACUGUCUCCGUGGGAGUGAUGAUAAGACCUAAACUCUGCCGACUUCUGUCCCCGUCCGAUGGUGACAGCAACUAGAGAGGGCCAGGCCAGGUCCAGAGACGCGCCCAGGCAUGGAGGGGCUGCUGCACUACAUCAACCCCGCGCACGCCAUCUCCCUCCUCAGCGCCCUCAACGAGGAGCGCCUCAAGGGGCAGCUGUGCGACGUGCUCCUGAUCGUCGGCGACCAGAAGUUCCGCGCCCACAAGAACGUGCUGGCCGCCAGCAGCGAGUACUUCCAGAGCUUAUUCACCAACAAGGAGAACGAGGCGCAGGCGGUCUUCCAGCUGGACUUCUGCGAGCCGGACGCCUUCGACAACGUGCUCAACUACAUCUACUCUUCGUCCUUGUUCGUGGAGAAGAGCAGCCUGGCCGCCGUGCAGGAACUGGGCUACAGCCUCGGCAUUUCCUUUCUGACCAACAUCGCUUCGAAAACGCCCCAGGCCCCCUUUCCCACGUGUCCCGGCAGGAAGAAGGCCUUCUCGGAGGACGAUGAGAGCGCUUCUCAGAAGAGAAGCGUCAUCGUCUGCCAGGGCCGAAGCGACGGCCCAGGGAAAGCCGCGAGUCAGAACCAAGCCGACCUGAGCCACCCCUCCCGGCCCUCACCCGGCGCCGCGGGCAAGGCCCACGCCAGCAAGCCCCAAGGCCCAAAACCAGGGGAGCCGCCGCACAGUCUGGCGCCGGCUGAAAAGACGUGGCCGAAGGAGGGGUCGGUGGGCCCCGCCAGGCCGCUGGAGCUCCCUGCAUCUGCGGAGGAGCCGAGCCGAGGCGGCCUGGCCAAGCGGAAUGCGGCGCUGCCUUCGAAGCCUCCGCAGGACAGGGAGGCCGCGGACGAGAAGCUGCCCAAAGGCCUGGCCAUAGAGCUGGCCCUCAGGAGGCCGCGGCCGCCCGUCCUGUCCCUGCGCGGCUCCUCGGAGGCGCCCUACCUGCUGAAGGAGACGGGCCAGGGCGGCGGCCCGGCCGAGGACCGGAACCUGCUCUAUUACUCCAAGCUGGGGCUCGUGAUCCCGUCCAGCGCCUCCGGUCCCGGGAGCCAGGGCGUGGACAGGAGCGGACCGCUGGUCAAGAGCCUCCUGCGACGGUCCCUGUCCAUGGACAGCCAGGUGCCCGUCUACGCGCCCGCCGUGGACCUCAAGUCUCCCCAGGGCUCGGCCCCGGGGCCCGGCGACGCGGCAGGAGGCCUGCUCUGCGCCCUGUCCCAGAAGUCGGCCCUAAAGGACUGCAGCGAGAAGGCGGCCCCCGACGCCGCGCCCGCGGGCCCGCAGCCCCACCGCCUCAGGUCCUUCAGCGCCUCGCAGCCGGCCGCGGCCCCCGGGCCCGAGGUGCGCGUCAAGACGGAGCCCCGCAGCCCCCCCGAGCCCUCCGACAUCAUCCGCGUCACCGUGGGGGACGCCGCGGCGCCCAGGGACCUGGCUCUGAAGACGGAGGACGACCAGAAAGACGUGAGCAGACUCCCGGCCAAAAGGAGGUUCCAGGCGGACAGGAGGCUGCCCGCCAAGCAGCCAAAGGCCGCCGAGCAGGGCUCCCCCGGCUCGGAAGGGCCCUUCGAGGGCGGCUCGAGCCCAGCCCUGCUGGAGGCGGACUUCGCAGAUGCCGACGCGCAUAAAGACGACUUCGGGGAGUUGGAGGGCCCGAGACCCGCCAAAAAGUUCAAAUGCAAACACUGUCUUAAGAUCUUUAGGUCCACGGCUGGCCUUCACCGGCACGCCAACAUGUACCACAACCCCGAGAAGCCCUACGCCUGCGACAUCUGCCACAAGCGCUUCCACACCAACUUCAAAGUGUGGACCCACUGCCAGACCCAGCACGGCAUCGUGAAGAACCCGUCUCCCGCCUCCAGCUCCCACGCCGUCCUCGACGAGAAGUUCCAGAGGAAGCUGAUCGACAUCGUGCGCGAGCGCGAGAUUAAGAAGGCGCUGCUGCUGAAGCUGCGGCGCGCCAAGCCCGGCUUCCAGGGGCCCGGCGGCUCCCCGGCGCAGGCCAUCAAGCGCAGCCUGCGCUCCCGCGCCAAGGGGGCCUACGUGUGCACGCACUGCGGAAAGGCCUACCGCUUCCUGUCGCAGUUCAAGCAGCACCUGAAGAUGCACCCGGCCGAGAGGCCCCUGGGCGCCGCCCGGGCCGGCCGGCCGCGCGAGCGCGCCACGCCCGGGAGCCCGGGGGGCGGCCCCGAGGCCUUCCAGUGCCGCCUCUGCAGCGCCAAGCUCUCGUCCCUGCUCGAGCAGGGCAACCACGAGCGCCUGUGCCGCAACGCCACCGUGUGCCCCUACUGCAGCCUCCGCUUCCUGUCGCCCGCGCUCAAGCUGGAGCACGAGGGCAAGUGCGAGUUCCGGCGGCUGACGUGCCUCGAGUGCAUGCGCACCUUCAAGUCCGCCUUCAGCAUCUGGCGGCACCAGGUGGAGGUGCACAACCAGAACACCAUGGCCCCGGCGCCCGGCGCCUCCCCGCCGCGGCCCGAGCGCGACCGCAACGGCGAGCUGCCCGCCGCCACCGCCGCCGCCCGGCCCGCCGCGCCCGCGCCCGAGCCCGCGCCCGCCCGGGCCAACCACGUGGCCGCCGCCCGGGAGGAGCCGGGCCUCGGCGACGGCCCCGAGCCCGCCGGCUUCGACUCGGAGGACUCGUCCUGCCUGCCCGAGGACCUCAGCCUCUCCAAGCAGCUCAAGAUCCAGGUCAAGGAGGAGCCGGCCGAGGAGGCCGAGGACGAGGCGCCCGAGGCGGCCGCCGCCGCCGCCCCCAAGGAGCCGGCCUCGGGCCCGGACGCCGGCCUGUGGCCCUGCGAGAAGUGCGGCAAGAGCUUCCCGGCGCACAAGCAGCUGGAGCGGCACCAGGAGCUCCUGUGCUCCGUGAAGCCCUUCAUCUGCCACGUGUGCAACAAGGCCUUCCGCACCAACUUCCGCCUCUGGAGCCACUUCCAGUCGCACAUGGCCCAGGCGGCCGAGGACCCCGCGCCCCGGGAGCCCGAGCCCGGCCCCGCGCCCUCGCCCUCGCCGCCGCCGCCGCUGCCGCCGCCGCCGCCGCUGCCCAAGAUCCAGCCGCUGGAGCCCGACAGCCCCACGCGCCCGGCCGGGAGCCCCGCCGCCGCCGCCGCCGCCGCCCCCGCCCCGGCCGCCGCCCCCGCCGCGGCCGACAAGCUCUUCGCCCCGCAGGAGUCGGACACGCUCUUCUACCACGCGCCCCCCCUCUCGGCCAUCACCUUCAAGAGACAGUUCAUGUGUAAACUCUGCCACCGGACAUUCAAGACGGCCUUCAGCCUCUGGAGUCACGAACAGACCCACAACUGAAGGGCCGCCGGCUCCCAGCCCGGAGUGUGAACUGCGUCCUAGACACCAGAUGUUUUUUAAAAAAGAAUAAUAAAGGUUGGAAAUUGUUAUGCUUGAAUGUACGUUUGAGGCGAACGGAUCCUGCGUCGCGCUGUCCUUCCUCAACCUAGAAAAACUCGGAAAACGUUCUGCUUCGGGACCUUCCAGUCCCAGGAUGACUCGAGUCCACGUUGCUGUUGACAUUUGUUCUCGGUUGUCUGCAUGGCUCCUCAUUCCCGGGUGUCAGUCUAAUCAAUCUUUUCCUGGAGGUGGUUUGGCUUUUUUUUUUUUUUUCCUGAUUUGCAAUUCGUGAAACACUAUUCAAGUAUUUCUUCUUUUGAUCAAGACACCCAAGUUCUAGAUAAAUCUUAGCUCUUAAGUCCAAAACGUAUCAGAACAAAGGGGAGUGAGUAGUUUGCAGUAUUAAGAUCCUAGAAUACUUCAGCAAUAAAAAAAAAAGAAUUAACCUCAACUUUAAUAAGUUAUCCUGACACUUGAUAAAUAUUUGGUAUUUUGUGAUCAUGUAGAACUUUUUUUGUAUGAAAAUUGUGAGAAAUUUAAAUCAGCAAUAGUAAUACUGCGAUUUUUAUAGAAUAACAAAAAGACUUGCUCUUGGGAUACUUCAUAUAGUUAGUGAGGGAAGACUUGGGAAAUGAGAACAGUAGGAUUUCUGGAAGCCCGCUAGGCCAGUCACCAAAGCUUUGCAGCCCCAGGCCCAGGAACCCAAAGUGCCCCGUCCCAGCUCUGGAGUCAGACCCACAAGGCAGGGCUGUGCGCCUCUGCCUUCCCCUGGCUUGUGCUGUCACAGAUCGAAUCGCUGGCUGUAUUGGGGACAAGUGUACCAUAGGGCACUCGUUUUGCAUUUAACACCAUGAGCAUAACAAAUAAGGUCAGGACGCAUAUUUUCAUGGAUCCCGAGCCGCCCCCCCCCGCCCCAGUGAGUCCAGCUGCUCUAAAUCCCGAAUUGCUGUUUACUUCCAGAGACUUGAAGCCGGGGAGGGGCCGCAGAGCACUCUCCGUGCGCUUUUCAAGAACAAUGUACACAGGGGUCAGUUCUCCUGCCUCUUGGUCUUGGGAUUUCUCUUCGACGUUUUUAGAGUUUAUCCUGGUAAAGUGUCCGUCUUGAAACCAUCCUGCUUGAAGUCCCUGCUUAAAAUUUCGUAAAUAUGUCUUAAAGCACUAUCAAGGGUCCCAUAUUAGUUUUUGCUACUUAUUUUGACCCAGAGGGUUGGGGCUUCUUUUUUUUUUUUUUUUCCUCUUUGCUCUAAGUUAUAAUUCAAAGCCGUUCAGUGGGGUGAUUCAAAAGGGAUACAAAUUAUUUACUGGUGGAGGGGGUUAGCUACAGGAAAGUAGAACUACUGCUGAAACCCCCACAUCCUUGUCAAGUAGCAAUGGGUUAAGUGUCCAACUUUCUUAAUUUUUUGGCCAUGCCUGUGGCAAGCGGAAGUUCCCAGGCCAGGGAUGGAACCGGUGCCACAGCAGUGGCAACGCCUGAUCCUUAAUUUCUUUUUUUUUUUUUUUUUUUUUUUUUUUUGCAAUCAAGUAAAAUCAACUACUGUGACUAAGAAAUAAUCUGCCGAGUGCCUAACCUGGUGCUCUAGCAAGAAAGAACUCUACUCAUCCAUCCUGUUACCCACAUUGCCUACCAACGGUCAGAAAGAUAGUCUUACUUUUUUAUUGAAACACAAGCACUUUUAUAAAAUUCGAGUUGACUUCGGACAUUGUGGAAAGUACAUAGGAAAUGUUGCCUUUUAUUCUCUCAUUUGGAAACUAUCAAAAGUCCCCGGACCUGGUUGCUUGCUCUUUUUGUUCUUAUAUUUGAUGGAGGAAGUAAAAUAAAAUUAAGUUGCAGUUAUUGAUGGUUGCCAUCGCUUUGGCUUCUUGAAGAAAUCUAUGCAUUUUAAAGACAAAACUAAAGCAUGGGAUCUUAAGUGAAGCGGCAGGAUGGGUCAUUGUGCGUGGCAGUCAUUCCCGGGUCCGGUGGUGUUUCUUCCUCUGAACGCCCUGGUAGCUUUCACUGCAAACGAAGGCAGUUUCCCCAGAGUUACCAUUACUUAUGGCUGUUAGAGGAUCAGCUCAUAAUUCUGUGACACACGGGAUCUUGGCAUGGUAAAUUCCGUUUCCCAGGACUUGAACCUUUAUGCUACAUUUUUGAAGAUUUUUUGAUAACAGCUAAUUAGUAAAAAAAAUAUUUUUGAUCUAAAUAUAGGCUCUGCAUACCUGUUAGAUUUUAAACAUUGCCAGUGUUUUGUCUUGUUAGUUCACAUUUUUGUCUAGGCAAGGAACAUAAGAUUUCAAAUAAAAUUUUGAACCAAAAACAUUUAUAAUGCAGUUCGGAUUUUUCUAUUACUUUUUAUACUGUACCUUAAAAGCAUUAGGCUGAAAGAGUUUAUUUUGGUGGUCAAAAAAUAUGCUUCCACUCAUGUAACUAUUUUAAAUGGUAAGAUGUAAAAUAAUGAAAGACACCUAAAUUGCUUUAUUCAGUAAACAGGUUUUUUUAAGAAUGUUUAUCUCAGCCGGUAGGCAUAUACUUGGUAUAAGAGAAGUUGGUCUUUUUCUUGUUGAAACGCGUUAGCUGGUUAAAGAUAUUCUUGAAAUUUUUUUUUCUGAUUGUAAUUAAUUUUUGAAAAUAUAGAAAGCUCUUUAUUCCUUGUAAGUAUUCAAGAUGCCUGCUUUUUUUAUGCAAUUGUGGAGAGAAUGUCAGAUGUUUUAAUAUAUUUGUUAAUCUGAAAACUUUGCUAUUGAGUCAUUUUCUUCGUUUGGAAGACGGAGGGACAAAAGUGUUUUUUAUCAAAGUAGGCAAUGGAGGUAACAAAUCACGUGCAUUUUUUAGGAAAAAUAUUUACAGAGUCAUAGAAUACGCACCUUUGAAAAAUCGUGGAUAGUGUGCAUUUACGGUUUACGCAUUUCGGAACAUACAGCUUCACAAUUCGACGGUGGUGUUUGCAUUUGUGGGCGGAUGGAUAUGGUUCUUAGUUUGCUGUUUGGGAACAGACUGUAGCCUUCUCUUCAAAAAUAUGCCCCAGCACUUAAUCGGUGAUAAUCAAGCCACACACAGCACCCACUGGUGCUGAGAGUGAGCAGAAACUGAGACCAAAAUCAAAUGUGCCCUUUGGGGAGAAAAGAGGUAACUUCACGCCAACCUGACGGGGUGAGGGAGGGUCAGGAAUGGACUGAUCCAAUCGGCCUUUGUCCCCUCAAACUGCGUGUGUGUGUGUGUGUGUGUGUGUGUGUGUGUGUGUGUACACACAACCAUAAUCUGGAACUUUAGGAAAUAAGACCAUUUUCUUACUGCAAAAAGAACUAGAUGUCAUUCCUAACAGGUUUCUUUCUAAAUUGCACUAAUUAAUAUUGGACUAUUACGAGUCCAUCAAUUUCUGAUGUCUCGAUGUUUUUUGCAAUCCUUGUGAAAAGCAUUCUUGAUUUAAAUGUUACUAACACAUAUUCUUUAAUAAGUUCCUUAACACUGGCUUUUUUUUUAAGUUGUACAAAUAGGUUUUUCUCUUGUGGCUUUAGCACUUUAAGAAGUUUGGUGUUUGCAUCGCUUUCGGUGUGUCCAGCAGCGUUUCCCGGUAUGUGGGCCACACGACCCGGGAGGAACCUCAGUGGUCGUCUUUAGAUUCCGGAGGAGAAAACCAUGAGUCAAUGUCAGGUUUUUAAAAAAAUUCCAUUUAGAGACAGCCGUUUGGGAACCAAAGUAUUUUACUGCACUCCGUUAAAAGAAUUGAAUUCAGUGCGCUGUAGUCAUUUAUUCGUACUGUCCAAAUUUUCCACAAAGGUAUACUUGGUUAAUACUAAUUUUCAAAAGGUGAUUAUUUCUUCUUGACGUUCGUCCAAGACUGUUUCAGAAUUUUCAUUGAAUACAUACUUAACUGCUUUAAAAAAAUGUGGUUUUAUAAGUGUGCAUAUUUUGUUGUCAUAUGCCUUAGCAGAGAAAUGGUUGUUCAGUUUCAUUUAGGAAAUAAGCUCUUUUGGACUGAAAAUUCUUAGUAAAUAGGACUUCUACCUAAUGUUAAUCCAUUGCUUAUUUGUAUCCAGUUGUCUGUUUACUUUGCUUAAAUCCUGACUAAGAUUGAUCGGAGUCAAUAAAUUUGUACUGUAUUUUGUUUUGA